AUGCCAUCAUACGAGAAUGACACGGCUGAGAAGGUCAAGACACGGGUCAUGGUCCUAUCAGAUACUAAUGGUGGUACACGCGCAGAUGCUGGAGGUUUCUGGGACGGCAAUUUCCAUAUGUUUGACGCACCACCUCGAGACAUCGACUUACUCAUACAUUGUGGAAACUUUGGAAACGGUGAACCAGAAGACAUGAAAGCAACACUCCAAGCAAUCUCCCAACUACCGGGACGAAUGAAGCUGAUUAUCCCAGGAAGCGACGAUGUGCCGAUCGAAAGCAGCUUUGGUAGACCGAUAGAUCCAUUCAACACUUUUGCCGAGGCGUUGAAAUUGGAGGAUAAACAAAAAUCGAGAGGAGGAGACAUAGUAGCGAACGAUAAACCUGAUGGACCCGAUGACCUCGUCUUUUUGGACGAAGGGAUGCAUACGGUUAAACUACGUAAUGGAGCGAUAUUGAGCGUAUACGCCUCUCCAUAUUCACUCGGCGAAGACAGGUUGAAGCCCUUCACGUAUAGUAGUGAUGUUGAUCGGUUCAACCUGGGGAAAGAUAUUCCUUGGGGUAAAUGGCAUUCUGGGGAGGCCAUGGCAAUUCCCACGUCGCCCCUCGUCGAUAUACUUGUGACGCGCGGCCCGCCUUUCGGAUUGUUCGAUCCUGUGAGGCAACGUGGAGUAGACAAAGGAUGUAAAUCUCUCGAAAUAGCUGUUAGCAGAGCGAGACCCCUACUUCACUGUUUUGGUGAUAAACAUGAUGCAGUUGGCACUUGGCAGAUUUUCUGGAGCGAGGACCACAGGGCGAGAGGAUUCGAGUCUUGUAGUAAGAUGUUAAAACUCGGGAACAAAUAUCCUGCAGAGACCUCUCAGUACCUAAAUGUACCACUGAAGGGGAAGGGAAUCAGCACUGUCUUAGUGAACGGCACUAUACGCCGUCCUGGGAGCCGAAACAGUCAACGGACUCACCGACCCUGGAUAUCCGACUUUUUCUUCGAGAAGGAUCUCAGUCGUCAUGGAUGA